GUGGUUUUUACAUCCCCACUAUUGAGGACACUUACAGACAGGUGAUCAGCUGCAACAAGCAGGUGUGCACGCUGCAGAUCACAGACACAACCGGAAGUCAUCAGUUUCCCGCCAUGCAGCGCUUAUCCAUAUCCAAAGGCCACGCCUUCAUCUUAGUCUACUCCAUCUCCAGUCGCCAGUCAUUGGAGGAACUCAAACCAAUCAGAGACGAGAUCGUGGAGAUGAAAGGGGAUAUCGAGGGAAUUCCCGUGAUGCUGGUCGGCAACAAAUGCGAUGACGUCAACAGGGAGUGCACCGUGCAGGAAGGUGCGGAGCUGGCAAAGAGGUGGAACUGUGCGUUCUUAGAGACCUCGGCCAAGACAAAUCACAACGUGAAAGAACUCUUUCAAGAACUUCUUCAGCUGGAAACCAGACGGGCUGUCAGUCUACAGUUGGAGACGAACAAGUCCAAAGCUCAGAAGCGGCGGGACAAAUUAAAGGGGAAAUGUGCUCUGAUGUAAAGUAUCGGGGGACCUGAUGCACAAUUUAUACAUGCCUUUAUUUAGAUACUUUUUAAAAACAAAAUGUAUCCACUUUUCAAUGUGUGUGUUAAAUAGUCUCUUCAGUUAAGAUGAAGAGGGUGAAGAAAUCAACGUUAUUAAUGUAGAUGGAGAGAGAGGCGUAGGGACAGGGACCUAUUCCGGUGCCCGGGGCGAACUAUCAAUUUUUCCCCCCUCUCAUUUAUAUUUAGUUAUUCACCUUGGCGAAAAAAAAAAACCUCCCUCCCCAAUUAGGAAAGGUCGGAGGCACUUUUUACCAGUUACUAUCCUUCAACAGUUUUUUUUUUGGGUCACAUAAUUAAUGUCGAAAACACUUAAAUAAGUAAAACAAGUAUCAGUCUAUUUUCUUAACUUUGACUGUGUAUAAUUCAGUAAUUUGAGUAAUACAGCUCUUUUUAUUUUAUUUUUCUACCCCGUUUGGCGCCCCCUAAGGUCGGCGGCCUAGCUACGCCUCUGGCUUGAAAAUACGUCUUAUAUGUAAAUGAUCACGAAAAAAAUCAUGUAUUUGGUUAGUAUUUAGAAAGAAAAAACAGCCUGUGUAGUUGAGUUAAGCUUGCGACCAGACACAUGUUAGUUUUUUUUUUUAAAUGGACCUAAAAUUUAACAUUGUAUGGUCUGAGAUUAUAGGACCCACACGUACUGUGUGUUUUUUGUUUGUUAAUGGAUACAGAAUAGAGGUUUAAUGGAUAGUGGAUGAUAUUUCAUGGAUAAGGAUUUGCUGUAUUGAUUGAUAGGGAAUGGGUUAGAGAAUUGACAUUCAAUGGAUUGUUAAGUUUUCGUUUGAACAUGGCGUCACACUGGGCAGGUGAAGUAGAGUUCACCUGUGUCUAUUACCUCGGCACAUGAAGGGAUAGUAUGGUCAACACUGUGCCCAGCCACUUUUACUUUCCCUAAUGUAAGUCAGGUACCCAUCAGAGCUGAGUGGACUCAAGGACGAGCUACAGCUCUAGCAAGGGACCCGAACUCGAGACUUUCGAAUUAGCAGUUGAAAGUUCUACUAUUCGACCACGCCGUCCCUUCCAAUGGAUAGGGAGUGGCUGUGUAAUGGAUAGUGAAUGACUGUAUAAUGGAUAGGGAAUGGCUGUGUAAUGGA